AUAGUUGUGGAGAUACGAUAAGCUAUCAUUGGGCGGUUACGAUCUAAAAGCAGCGUUCGUUGGUUUACGGGCAAAUAAUUUCCGUGAACACAAUCAUUGACAUCCUUCUCCGCCGGCUCAGCUCACAACACUGCCACGUGGUGGUGGCGCUUGUCCCCGGUUUCCUCAAACCAGCAAACGGAACGUCAAAUCCGGACAGAGCCAACCGGAGAGUUGGCCACAACGGCCACAACAAACAUGCAAACAAACAAACGGCAACAGCAAUUAGCAGCAGCAGCGUGACUCCGUCGCUUCCAAUUUAGCUAAGCACCCACAUAAAUGACCUCGCAUCCCCGCCCACCACCACCUUCUCCGGUCUUCUUUUUUCCGCUUUUUCUCUGUGUGGCCAAUUAAAGAUUCCUACAACACGAUAUGGCCUGCGGAAAAAAGAAGACUAAUUCUCCUUCUCCACCACCACCAGUCCAAGAAAGAAACGCCAUGUCUUCCUCUCUCUUCUUCUUCCUCCUCCUCUUCUUCUUCACAUCCCCCACCGGCGCCGCCUUCUUCUUUGCCCUUGCACCGCCUACACCCCCUGCCCAUCUUCGCUUCGAGGAGGCCAACCAGUUCCACAACAGCGACAUCUGCCCGUCUGCCUCCGCCGGGGUUGGCCGCGCAACCGCCUGCGACCCCUCCUACGUCCACAUCGCCAUGACGCUGGACUCACACUACCUCCGCGGCUCCAUCGCCGCCGUUUACUCCAUCCUCUGGCACACCUCCUGCCCCGACACCAUGUUCUUCCACUUCAUCGCCCCCGCCGGCGGCCAUGACGGGGGCGAUGAUAAACUUCCCAGCCUUCUUGGCUCCAUCGUCCGUUCUGUGUUCCCUUCCCUCCGAUUCGAGGUGUACACUUUCCAGGAGGAGCUCGUCAGCGGCCUCAUUUCCUCCUCCGUCCGCCAGACCCUCGAAAACCCCCUCAACUACGCCCGCGUCUACCUCGCCGACCUGCUCGACCCCUGCGUCCACCGCGUCGUCUACCUCGACUCCGAUGUCGUCGUCGUCGACGACGUCCGCCUCCUCUGGGACGACGCGGCCGCCCGCCUCGCCUCCGCCGCGGCCGUCGUCGCCGCCCCCGAGUACUGCCACGCCAACUUCACCCGCUACUUCACGUCCGCCUUCUGGGCGGAAGGCGGGGCUCGGGUCUUCGCCGGCCGGCGUCGCCGGCCUUGCUACUUCAACACCGGGGUGAUGGUGAUGGACCUCCGCAGAUGGCGGGCCGGGGGGUACCGGCGCCGGAUCGAACGGUGGAUGGAGGUGCAACGGGAGCGGCGAAUCUACGAGCUGGGCUCCCUGCCGCCCUUCCUGCUGGUGUUGGCCGGGGAGGUGGAGGGUCUGGAUCACCGGUGGAAUCAGCACGGCCUCGGCGGCGACAACCUCACCGGAGAAUGCCGGUGGCUCCACCCCGGUCCCGUCAGCCUGAUGCACUGGAGCGGGAAGGGGAAGCCAUGGGACCGCUUGGACGCCGGCUCCCCCUGCCCCGUCGACCAUCUCUGGCAUCCCUACGACCUCUUUAUCCGGCCAUCCUCCGGGACCGACAUCCUCGCCUUCUUCAUCCUUUAUUGGUCUUCGUAGUCCUUGGCGUGUUACGCAUUGGCAUUCUUUAUUCCUUUGUUUCCAUUCGUUUAGGGGCGGAGAAGGCAGCUCGCCACCGCCGGCAUAACAAUGUACAGAUCAGAACAGAACAGAGAGCGAGAGAGAGAGAGAGAGAGAGAGAGCGGCGAUUCAUCCACCGGUUUGGUUCGUUCUUUAGCUUGUUUUUAGGGGUUCAAAGAUUAAUUUGAAAUCGCUUGCUACAUUUAUGUCGUCCGAUUCAUUCAAUUCAUGUAUAAACGGAUGCAUUCCAUUGUAUUUUGGUCUGAACAAUUGACUGAUCUUUGUCUACAA